UCACUUGAAAUGCGCAUCAAGGAGCUUCUGCUGCUGCUGAUUCAGUGUGAAGAGCCGCGAAACGGCAGCAGAGCAACACUGACUACUCAGCCUGCGCUUUGUAAAACUUUGAUUUUUUCGUCCCGUUUUUAAAGACAAGCUUUAUACAUGGGGGAUACGAAGAUUACUCCUGAGGUAUUGGAGCAACUACUACAAUUUUAUAAUCUUACUCGUCAGCAGUUUAUUGAGGCGUAUCAGAUUCAGCCGUUGGUUUACAUCCCUGAGUUACCGGCCGGUGCCAAAACUACAUUUGUUAUUGUGUACACGGUGAUUUUUCUCCUGGCUCUCAUUGGCAACAGUCUAGUUGUCUAUAUUGUCUUAAGAAAGCGGGGGAUACAGACUGCCACAAAUAUUUUCAUCUGCUCUUUAGCCGUCAGCGACCUCCUGAUAUCUUUCUUCUGCAUCCCAUUCACUCUGCUGCAGAACAUCUCCUCUGAAUGGUUCGGGGGUGUGCUGGUGUGCAAAACGGUUCCCUUUGUUCAGACAACUGCUAUUGUGACUGGCAUUCUCACAAUGACCUGCAUCGCUGUGGAAAGGUACCAGGGGAUUGUACACCCUCUGAAAAUCAAAAGACAGUGCACUCCACAAAGAGCAUACAGAAUGCUGGGGGUUGUCUGGAUUGCAGCCAUGAUGGUUGGAUCUCCAAUGCUCUUUGUUCAACAAUUAGAGGUGAAAUAUGAUUUUCUGUAUGAUCUCCAUCAUGUGUGCUGUCAGGAGCGCUGGAGCUCGAGUGCUCACAGGAAGCAGUAUGCAACUUUUAUUCUAGUAUUCCUCUUCCUCCUGCCUCUUGCAGCCAUGCUGCUACUCUACACCAAAAUUGGUAUUGAGCUCUGGAUUCGCAAACAAGUUGGAGACUCCUCAGUCCUCAGUGCCAUGAACCAAAGGGAGGUCUGCAAAAUAUCAAGAAAGAAGCGAAGGGCCAUCAAGAUGAUGGUCACCAUUGUUGUGCUGUUUACUGUCUGCUGGGCACCUUUUCAUACAGUUCAUAUGCUGUUUGAAUACAGUUACCUGAACAAAACGUAUGAUGACAUCACAGUCAAUAUGAUUAUUGCUGUUGCACAGGCCAUAGGUUUUUCGAAUUCUUUCAACAACCCAAUCAUUUAUGCUUUCAUGAAUGAGAACUUCCAAAAGAACUGCAUGUCCACCUUUUCCUUUUGCAUUAGGCGGUCCAGUCAACGCGUGGAUGUGAAGGACAAAUCGACAAAGGACAAAGUACUUUUUUGUAAGUCUGCCAGACAAGAAGAAGACAUCUCUGUCGUGCCCAGAAUACAUAUAGACGAUCAAGUGCAGUCUGCAAGAUCAAACAUGCGAACAUCUCUGCCAUUUCUGGAGGAGAGAAUCUGCUGAGAGCAAUAGGAUGUACGCAAGAUGUAUUAGAGACUGAUCUAUAUGCAUAUAAACUGCCGUUCAAAAGUUUGGGAUCAGUGAGAUUUUUAAUGUUUUUAAAGAAGCUUUUUUUAUGAUCAUCAAGGCUGAAAUAAAAACGUUAAUAUUGUGAAAUAUUAUUUAAAUGUUUUCUAUGUGAAUAUAUUUAAAAUGUAAUUUAUUCCUGUGAUGCAAAGCUGAACUUUCAUCACCAUUACUCCAGUCUUCAGUGUCACAUGAUCCUUCAGAAAUCAUUCCAAUAUGCUGAUUUAAAAUCAAUGUUGAAAACAGUUGUGCUGCUUAAUAUUUAGUUGGAACCUGCGAUAGAAAUCCUAUAAACAAUAUGAACUACCAUUUCUUUCUUCUUUUUUUUUUUUUUUUUAAAGAAAUUACUACUUUUAUUUACCAAAGAUGUGUUACAUUGAUAAAAAGUGAUAGGAAAGGCUUUUGUUGAAUAUUGUUAGAAAGAAUUUCUAUUUUGAAUAAAUGCUGUUUUUAAUUUUUUAAUUUUUUAUUUUUUUUAAUGCUUUUUAAUUUUUUAUUCAUCAAAGAAGCCUGAAAAAAAGAAUUACAGGUUCCAAAAAAUAUUAAGCAGCACAGCUGUUUCAACAUUUAUAAUAAAGCUAAUAAAUUAGAUUAUUUGAAUGAU